CAGAAGACGAAAAAAAAGAGUGAAGCUGACCUGGAGAAAUUCUCAGUUCAACAUGAGACCAAGUUAAAAGAGGUGGAAAGACAACAUAGAGAAACUUUAAUCUUUUUAACAAAGGAUCAAUUCCGUGUCGAGAUGGAGGUUUAUCACAAGUACCAUAAUCCAUUUUAUAAUGCUAUAGAGAAAGCCAUGAAUAUAUCUCAGAACUCACAGUUGCAGUAUCUUCAAACUUUACAUGACAGGGAAGUGAGUGAACUAAUGAAAAAGCUAGAAGCUCAGACAAGAGAUGAAAUCCGUAACUUAGGAAAGCAGCAUAAAGACAAAAAUGAGUUGUCAAGAAUAAAGAGAGAGCUUCAGCAAAAGUUAAUAGAGCAAGCAGUGACAGAAAGACAAAGGUUUAGCAUAUCUCUGGAGAAAAAGAGGGCUUUGUUGCAGAAAGAACAUGAAGAAGUGAAGAAAAAAUUAGAGGAAGAAAGAAAAAAUGCUUACGAAAGAAUAGAAAAAGAAUAUGAAGAGAAAAGUGCCAAAUUGGAAGAAGAAUACAAACUUCAGUCAGAGCUCUCUACAUUAGUGUCUCUUGGUAAUGAAUGGUCAGAAAUAACCUCCCUGUGAUAGAUUAUUUGUUUCAGAGCCUUGUUUGUGAACAGCUGUAGUUAGAUCUUCCUCAUCAAGCACUGUUGUUGCAGCAACCCAGGCAUUGUUCUUUCCUUGUUACCUAUUGUAAUGCAGCCCAUUUCAGUAGUCACUUCCUCUGCUGUCUCUAGAAAGCACAUGGUUGCUAUUAAUAUCAGUUGUGAAGCAGAUAAUGCGUAGUGACGAUCAGCAACAUUCAUGUUUGUUGGAGCCAGUUCUCUGAUUCUAGAAGGUAACAAUCUGUGACUACUUCUAUGUGACUGGUUAGUUACCCUUUGUUAUGGGAUACCUUCAUUUUAAGCACUAUUUUUCAUUGCCUUGUCAGUAAUUAGUGUUAGGUCAUGUUGUUAAAAAUGUUGUGUAAAUAAAUAAAUAUAUAUAUAUUUGUGUGUGUACAGAAAUAUAUGAGUUGUGUUAUAAAAUUCCCAAGGACUGUUGUUUAUAGGUAAAUUUUGUAUGAACAGUCCUUGAAUUAAAGGAAGUUAUGCUAUUGGCAACAGUUAAUACUAUCUUCACCAGACUAAGUUGUUUUAGUAAAUAAGCUUCUAGUGACCUUAUCAGGUCAUUCAUCAUGUGAGUUAGUGCACUGCACUAAAAUAAAAGUAAUCAUUGGGAAAUUGUAGUGUUGAAACACUCUCUCAUUUAUGUUGUUUCAUAUGACAUUUGUUCAGUUCUUUUGUCAACCUAACUUCUUCUUUGGCUUAUAGCCUAAGAAAACUCAACUGAUUCUGAUAAGUUAAUUAAUCACUAAGAGUACAAAUCAUACAUAGACACACUUUGAAUCCUUUAUAUUUUGCUAACAUAACCAAGUUCCAUUUCACUGAGGUUUUAAAGCUAUCAAUAGGUUAUGUAAUAGAUUGGUAAAAAUGUUUUACUCUUGAGUAAUGAGUAACUAGACAUGAGGGAGUUAUGUGUUAUUAAAAUGUUGUGGAAUAUUUUUAUUAUUAUUUAUACUUUAGAAAAAAUCAAAAUAUUAAUUUGGUAGUCACUUUGAUAAUGAUCUCAGUGUUUAUAAGUAGAUGAAUGUUUUCAGUUGUUUUAAAGUUUAAGGUUUACAAGCUUAAAUAACAUAAUGAAACAUGCAUCAUAAACUAGAAUUUAAAUAUUUGCAAGUUAAAAGAAACUUAGAGUGUACAAUUUUCAGUAAUUCUAAGUUACAUGUUUUUGCACUGUUUCCACAUUACUUUUGCCAUGGCAUUCCUUAAUUCUAAGAUACAACAUGCAAUCUAUAAAGCUUGCCCUUAGAUGCCCAGUCUUUCAUACAAGUGGCCAUUACAUUAUCAAAUAUAUUUCAAUAGCUGCCAAGAAUUCAAGUGACAGCACCUCAAUCACCUUUCAUCAUAAAGUACAUUUUUGGCAUAUAAUAAAAAUUUCUGUGAUUUAAUGUCACAAUAAGAAAGUAUUGGAACUAAUAUUAAUUACUGAAAAUGACCAAAAUUAACUGAGAUAUGAAUAUAAGGAUGUACUUCUACUUAAGAUCAAGCAGACCUGUUAAUAUCACCUCCCUCUAAAGGACACUUUCACAAGUCAGAAAAUAUUAUACAUUGAAGUCAAGUUCUACUGUAAGUAGUGACUGUGAAUACUACACAUAAUUCAUAGAAAUCUUACAUUCAAAGUUGUGGCUAUGAAUACUACACAGAUUCAUAUAAGUUGUACUUUCAAAGUUGUGGCUGUGAAUACUACACAGAUUCAUAUAAGUUAUACUUUCAAAGUUGUGGCUAUGAAUACUACACAGAUUCAUAUAAGUCAUACUUUCAAAGUUGUGGCUAUGAAUACUGCACAGAUUCAUAUAAGUCAUACUUUCAAAGUUGUGGCUGUGAAUACUGCACAGAUUCAUAUAAGUCAUACUUUCAAAGUUGUGGCUGUGAAUACUACACAGGGUCAUACAUAUCUUACUUUCAUUAUAUCGUGUAAAGUCUGUAUGUGUAAGUGAAUUAUAAACUUAUUUUAGGAGUUACAUACCUGAAACUGUGUUUAGAACUUUAUAGUCAUACUAGUUAUUGUGUUAUGAUUCAGAACAUCCUUUACUGUCAUAUGAUACUUUAAUGCAAGAUGUUCACAGACAUAAAAACUGAUAAUUCAAUCUUUUUCAGUUAAGUAAAACUCUGAGGACAUAUGUGACUGCUAAAGAUUUUUUAUAUCUUUAGUUCAUAUUUCUGAAUUCAAAACUAGUAGUAAAAUUGUCUGGUUGACUGUCCUACUGAAUAACAUUAAUAAACAACAUACAUUUCUGAAAAAAUGCAAUUCAAGUAAUUAAUGAACUUAAUAAACAUUUACUUUCUUGAAAUUUAGUAAUGAAACUUUGAACUGGGUUUUUAAGAAUUUUCAAACCCAAAAUUGAUUUUGCAGAUAUAUAUCAUGUCAGUUCUUAAAACAGAAAACAAAAUUUGUAUUUUUAGAUAGUGAAUAUUGUUUAUACCUUACUGUUAAUAAUUGUUUUGUUUGUAUAAUGAUUUUAUUUAUUUUGUAAUAGAUUCUUUAAGAGUAUAAUUAAUCCCAAUGAUCUUUCACACAUUUCUGUUCUUUCUUAACAAGCAUUACACCAUUCCAUGAAUCAAUGUCUAGUCCAAUUUGAUGUUUCAGGAUAUGUCUUGACUUUUUUAUUUACACAGUUCACAAAAAUUAGCAAAUAUAAUAGUUGAAUUGUUUUUACAAACUUGAGAUUCAAAGUAUUUUAUACUGCUUGUAUAUUUACUUAAUUGCUAAUUGACUUACAUUUUUCAUCAGUCUGUAUGUUAACUGUGUAUGUGUUUUUUUUGGCUAUUCUUGCAUUUUGUACUUCUUUGGGUUGGAAAAAUAUGCAUUUUUUUAUAGUAAGAGAAUUUUUCUUUGACAAGGAGGAUCAUUUACAUUUAUAUUACCUUCUUUAUGAUGUUUUUUUAAUUUUGGUUUUUGCUUUACAUCAGACCUUAACAUAUCAUAGACCUAAUUCAUUAUAAUUACUAAUGUUGUUAACUAGAAAAUAGUGAAGGAGAAUAUUUCAUUUGAAUAAAGUGUUUUUCAAAUAACACUUUGAAAUCUACAACACAAAAUUGUGAUUUUGGUGUUAAAAAUACAGAUUGUAAACUCAAAAUGUUACCUCAUUUUAAGAAAAAGAGUUCUAUGUUUAGUUAUUGCUAAAUUUGAAUGUCAUUUGAUCUCAAGAAAAAACGUUUUUAGAGUAGCAUUUGCUAAUCCUGUAAAUGAAAUAUUGAAAAUUUAAGAUACAUUUGUUUUAAUAUAAUUCUUUUAAGGUGCUCCUGUUUUAAAUCUUUUGAUUAUUUGUUAUUCAGUCAUAAACUUUUCAGCUACCAUGACACAGAAUUUUUAUUUAGAUUAAAAAUUAUAUCACUGAAACAUUAACAUUUCUGUUUUGAUCUGCUUGAUAAUGUUCCUAAUUCUAGUUUUCUCAAGCACUUUUCCCUUGGUCUAUUUUACUCUGUAUAAGUAUGACAUAGUAGUGUUUUUAAUUAAUGGUGAUGUCUCCAUUACUUUAAAAGUCAUUUAAUGAUGGGAAUAAGUAGACAUCAUCUUACCUAUAUUAGUUGUAUUUAGAAGAAAACCUGCAAAAUAAAACGUCACCCAGUUGUAAAUAUCAUAACUACAGAUUAUGAUGUGGAAAGAUUUUGAAAGACAACCAAGACAAAAGAAAAAAAUCAAGGUUUUGUGUGUGUGUGUGUGUGUAUUCAGUAAA